CACACUCUCUUGGCGACAGCUGCCGGGGACUCCACGUCAUUAGAAUACAACACACACACACACUCUCUAAGGUGUUGAAAUACACUCACAUACACACACACACUCUCUCUCUGUUGGUGGGAUACACACACAAAGCUCUGAGUAGUUGGAAUACACUUUGCACUGUUGGAAUACACAGCGUUCUGCAUCGGCUGUGCGAGCACACAUGUGACCAUGUAUACAUGAGCAUGUCUGCUGCACAGGUCUGUGUGUGUGUGUGUGCUUGGUAGUAUGAACGUGAGUGCGUUUACCGCCUCCCCCCUCUCCCUUGCCCCUCCCCCUGGUCCGCAGGUGUGUGUGCGUGAUGCCAGGGUGUCGUCCAUCUUGUUUCCUGUGCUCUACGGGCUCCUGUUUGCGGGCGGCCUUGUGCUGAACGGAAUGGCGGUCGCUGUCUUCACACACAUCAGAACGCACUCCACCUUCCUCGUCUACAUGAAGAACCUGCUGGCAGCUGAUCUCCUGAUGGUAUUGACCCUGCCGGUGCGUCUGCUAUCGGAUGCUGGCGUGGGGGGGUGGAGGCUGAGGGCCGUCCACUGCAGAUACACUGGGGUGCUCUUCUACGUCUCCAUGUACAUCAGCAUCGUCAUCAUGGGACUCAUCAGCCUGGACAGAUACCUCAAGGUGGUGCUGCCAUUUUACCGGGGUGCUCUGCGGCGCGUGCCAGUGGGCCGAGCCCUGUGUGCCGUCAUCUGGGCCACCAUGCUGUCUCUGGCCCUCCCUAACAUGGUGCUUAGCAACCAGCUGCCCAAUCAGGAGCCUCGCGGACGCCUCAAGUGCAGCAGCCUCAAGAGCCCCAGCGGCCUGCAGUGGCAUGAAGGGGUUAACUACUUCUGCCAGGUGCUGUUCUGGGGUACUCUGCUCCUCAUGGUGGUGUGCUACAGCUUCAUCAGUAAGAAAGUCUACCAGUCGUACCGCGCAUCACACAGCAACUCACGACCACAGACCAAGGCCAAGGUGUUUGUGGUGGUGGGCGUGUUCUUUGUGUGCUUCGCGCCGUUCCACUUCAACCGCGUGCCGUACACGCUGACCCAGACGCGCAGUAGCGAGAGCCGCUGCUGGGUGCAGAACAUCCUGUACGGGGUCAAAGAGGCGACCCUGUGGCUGUGCACCACCAACGUCUGUCUUGACCCACUCAUAUACGUCUACCUCUGCAGGACGUUCAGGAUCCGCCUUCUUGCCACGCUGCACCGUAAGCCACAACCCCCUAGAGGAAUGGACCAAUCGGAGACCUCCACACACCUUCAGCCACCAACCAGCACGCACAUCCAGCCGCCAGUCAACCUUAAGGACCUCCCACAAACGCCAAGCAACCAGCAGCACAUGAAGACUACCACCACGCCAGACCUACUAUUCAAUACACACACCAACAUCAACACACACUGACCGCACACACACACACACACACACCUCCACACAGUGAUCAAACACACGAACAC